GAGUGACGUGUUUUGUCCCACAACACCGCUGGUCGGGGCAGGAGACGGACACCUUCUCGGCUUCUACAGUUAGAUGUCUAACCAGCAUAAAGAAAUCAUCUCCUGACCUUUGAAGAAGACUGGACUCAUCGCAGGAAGCAGAGGGGCCCAACAGUGAUGGCCUCGGUUAAAAAAGAUGACAGACUGACGAGUUCUCAGAGCUUUAUGUGCGUCGGUUUCGCCGGGAUUUUCAGUAAAACCGUCACGUCGCCCUUGGAGGUGGUUAAAAUCAAGAGUCAGGUGGGCACUUUUCACUGUAAGAGGGGUUUCUGGCAAAGUUUUCUCCUCAUCUACCAGAAUGAGGGACUUCGUGGGUUUUGGAAAGGAAAUCUCGCCUCUUGUCUGCGGUUGUUCCCCUACACCGCAGUUCAUCUCACAACAUACAGAAAGAUCGUCCACCUUCACAUGGAUGAACUGGGCUCCAUCUCUCAGUGGAGAGCCAUAUUCGCCGGCGGACUGGCUGGCUUUGCUGCUGCCAUGAUGACGUACCCUCUGGAGGUGGCAGAAACCAGGCUCAUCGUUCAGAGCUACAGACAGCCCACCUACGUCGGCGUAGUUCACACCCUCUCAAAGAUCUACAGGAAUGAAGGGCUGCCUGCUCUCUACAGGGGCUUUUCUCUCACUUUGUUGGGUGCAUUUCCCUUUUCUAUCGGUUGCUAUGCAGUUUACAUGAACUUGGACAAACUCUGGCAGGAGCCUCCUUUUCGCUUCACUCCCCUCCAGAACUUCAUUAAUGGCUGUCUCGCAGCGGGAGUCGCCCAAACCCUCUCCUACCCGUUUGAAACUGUAAAGCGGAAGAUGCAGGCGCAGAGUGGCCGUCUUCCCCAUUUUGGGGGAGUCGACGUCCAUUUCAGUGGAAUGAUUGACUGUUUCGUGCAGGUUGUAAAAAGUAAGGGCAUCCUCUCACUGUGGAAUGGCCUCACUGCCAACACAAUAAAGAUUGUUCCCUACUUCGGCCUUCUUUUCACCUGCUUCGAGAUGUGUAAGCAGGUCUGCCUUUACCGCAACGGCUACAUCGUCUCGCCGCUGAGCUACAGACUUGCACCUGGCGUCGACCAGAGCCUCGGGCCGUCCGAGCUGCUGGAGGCGAAGCGCUAUCUGAAAAACAGGAGCUUCGGGUCGGGGGAGUCGUCUCUCGGAAACCGCUGGUGAAACUUCACAUGAGAAGAUGUCUGACUGACGACCACACUUGAACGGCAAAAUGAAAUACUUCAGAGGCUUACGUCUGUAAUAAUUCCAUAACAUUUUAGGCUCCAUGUCUUCAUAGAAGGUGCUAACAUGCAUUUACAUUAUGUCCAGUCAGCAACAGUCUACCUCUUUCAGAAACUUUUUCAUUUUAUCCGACAGUGUCAGCUGUUUAUUAAUUGUUCAUUUACCCUUCAUGUGUCUCCAUGACUGUUUUUAACCAAAUAUUAUGUUCCUUAAGCAUUAGCUAUUUAUUUUGGGUCUUAUUUCAGUUAUUGACAUCAAAUACUGCCAUAAUGUAGUUUAUCCAAUUGAGUUGCAAAAGCUCUGUUACUCUACUUGUGUGAUAGAUUAUCAUUUUUAAUGUGCAAUGAAUGUAAAAAAUGUUGAUACUUCAUAAGUUUGAGUAGGUUACGAUCAGUCAUGUAAAUGUGCUAACAUGGAUUGUGACGGAAGAAAUGUUUAAAACAUUAAACCUUUCUCACGUUAACAUUUGAAGUGUUCUUUUGUAUGUUUUUGGAUAUUUUUUUACAAUUUUAUUUUUAUAUCUCUCUCUGGCUUAUAUAUAUAUUUCUUUAUUUCUGACAUGCACUUCAGUGAAUGACUCCAUUUUUUGUCUUAUAGUUAAAAUGCAGCUCAAUGUCUUCACUCUGCUGUUCGUGCAACUUGGUUCCAGUGAAUGUCCUUUUGUUUAGUGAUAAUAUAUGAUAACAGGCAACGCUUCAAUCAGUCUGACUGGAUAGUUUAGUUAUGAUUGAGUCAGUCGGUUGUUUCAAUCAUGUCCUCCUCCACUGUGGGAAACUGAGUGACAGCCAAGGGACAUUAACAGAUGGGAUGACCUUUAUCCACCAUAGCCUUCAGGCCUCAGCUGCUUCAAACUGACAUCUUACUUUGAUCCCAAUCUCAUUCAGAAAACUCAAAAACAACUUAACAGUUCUGCUGAUGUGUGAUUCAAUCACAAAGUCUAUACAUCUUAAACUUUUUGGUCUUUUUAGAGUUUACUUUAGUGAUGAGAGAGAGCGCCAAAUCUGAAUCAAAGGACAUCAGUUAACCCC